AUUUGAAGGAAUAUCAACGUAAAAAACAACAAAUUUGUAUGUUAUAAGACUACAUCGUUUAUUUUUGUUAUUCAAGGCUUAAUCAACUCGUUUCGAUGGCCAUAAUCCUGAGACUUGAAGACCAAGUCUUUUAUUACAUUUUAAGAAAUUUUGGUUAUCUAAAAGAUAAAACCAUAUUUCUCAAAUUGUUUAAAUUGAAAAAUAUCUCACCAAUGAUGUGUGAAAAAAUAUUUAAUGGACUGAAUACUUUUUAUGCUGGAAUGCCAAGGAAUAUCUUCGAAGCUUUCACUACUAAGAGUAUUCCUUUAAAGAAUGUAAUUCUAUGUGACGAAAAUCUUGAUCAUAAAACUUGUAGAAAGUUCUUAAAGAGGCAUAAAUUUCAAAGUUUAAAAAUUCAAUUGCUGAAGCAUAUUUCAGUGGAAGAGUUAGUUGAACUAGUGGACAAUAAUGAAUUAAGAGUAUUGGGUAUUCAUAAUUGCUCAUAUAUACAAAAAAGUGAGCUGAAUUCUAAUUUGAAAGGGAAGAAAGAUAUUGUUGAAAAGUUAAAUCUUAGAUUUUUGAAGAAUCCACCUCAGCUAAGAAAUUUAACUGUAUUAAAUAUAUCAAAUACAAGCAUUGAUGAUAUUCAUUUUUAUUGCCUUACAAGAGAAGUAUAUCAUUUAGAAGAUGUGAAUAUAGCUGAAACUCAUAUUACAGACCUAAGACUGUUAAAAAAACAAGAAAAUCUUCAAUAUCUCGAUUGUACCGAAUUGAGUUCUGAUGUUGGUAAUAGCUAUAUUCAUUUACAUUGUCUUACGAGACUAAAACGAUUGAGAUUCGGCAAUGCUAAUCAAGCAAAAACCAAUCUAAAAUUGGCUUGGUCACAUGAAAUCCAUCCGUUAAUUAUGAGCUAUUUAAAUGAAAACCAAAUAAAGCAGUAUAAAGGAGUUCCCGAUCAAUUUCGUUCGAAAUGUAACUGGGAUAUUUCAGCUUUCCUAGAAUUAGCAGACUGGAAAGAUUUAUUGUUUUUUGACCUAUGCGGAUCUUGGGCACCAUCUCCAAAAAGCGUAUGUGAUUUCAUCCAGAGACAUGGUGAACUUCGAUUUAUAAAGCUGUCUGAAGACUUUCCAGAUAUUCUAUAUAGGUCUAUAGAUUUCUAUAGAACUCUCAAGGAUCUAUUUGAUAUACAUCACUAUGAAAGGAUCUAUGGAAGAAAUGAGAUGUCGUUUCGAAUUCUGUUCGACGAUCAAACUUAUCCGGUUGAUCCUUUCGAGGUUGAAGGAGCCGGUAGUGCUUUUGAUGACUUUCCUACAGAUUAUCACGAAACUGUUGUUAUUCCAAAAAUAAUUGAAUUUAGAGAGAGCUUUCCAAAGAAGAGUCGGCUGGAAUUAUGUCAAUAUUUAACAGAUGAGAUGAUGCUCGAAAAGUUUAAUUCAGACUAUUCGGAGUAUCCUUUGGGUGAAAAGUGCCUACAAAUUCUUUGUAUGAAUAUUGAAAGAUCGAGCCAUUUCUUAACAUUAAUAACGUCGAUUGCCGAAAAAUUCUUGCAAAAAUCAUCGUAUAUUGGCGGUCCAAUAGAUUAUACGUUUAUAGAUGUUCUAACUAAAUAUCAUAGAUACUUUAGACUGGUUACGAAUAUAAAAGAAAUUUAUGAGAGACUCUUUACUGAGCCUGAUACGCAUGUUUACGGUUAUGGAUAUUAUUGUCUUAUUAAAAGUUUAAUAUGUUUUCUUGAAGAGUUGAAUAUUAAAGAAAUGCCAAAAGAUGAGCUUCGCAGUUUGUGUAAAGGUAUCAACAAGACUAAAUCGUGGAAACAGUGGGCUGAAUGUCAAGAAUUAAGCGAGAGACUCCACUUUCUUAUCAUCAACAUUAUUAGUUUUUGUAAGAAACUCGGUUGGAAUAUGAAACAGUUAGAGAAGAAUAUUAAGCCGCUUACACGAAAAUUUGAAAAGAGAGGUUCUUUCUAUGUUCAAUAUUAUCCGGGUGAAGAACGUGGUUUGGAUGAAGAAAUUGAGUCCGAUGAAGAAUGUGAAACUUACACUGAUAACGAAGAUUGGGAUGUGCAUAAAUAACUUUUGUUAAAGUAAUAGUAAUAAUAUUAAUAAUUGUAAUGAUAUAAAUAUUGAUUAUUGACAGAAUUAAUAAAUAACUA